AUGCACAUUGUCCCUUCCCUAAACCACAGUUUCAUUACUGCAUCUCCCACCAUCAAAAUGCCAAUAACUGUUUGUGACUCAUUCUUUUCUUCCUUCACAAAUCCCUGCACUCUUUUCUUUCUCUUGGACCCAUCAGUCUCUUUGUCUAUCCUUGCUAAUUUUCUUCUUAUUUUUACUCUUCACUUCCUUUCUCCAUCUCUUUUCUUCUUCUUUGCCCUUUUUCUUCUACCCCCCCACUCCUCCUCCUUUCUUCUACUCUCAACUCCAACAACUUGUCUUAGCUUAUUCACCCUUCUUUUUGCUAUUAUUAUUAUUAAUAAUAAUAAUAAUAAUAAUAAUUUUUCUUCUUCUUCUUCUUCUUCUUCUUCUUCUUUCCCUUCCUUUUUUUCUCCACUCCUUCUUCUUCGCCUUCUUCUUCUUCUUCUUUCCCUUCCUUUCUUCUUCUUUCCCUUCCUUUCUUCUUCUUCUUUUUCUUCUUUUUCUUCCUCUUUCCCUUCCUUUUUUCUCCUCCUCUUUUUCUUCUUCUUCCUUUUUUCUCCACUCCUUCUUUCUGUUUCUAUUUUGCCUCCUUCCUCCUUCAUUUCACAUCCUCAUUCUUAG